CCAAAUACGAGGAGAUCGGCACAUCAAACAGAUGCAGGCAAGCAGAAGGUAGAGACAUGUGAAAAAGAAUCGAUAGCAAAAAGACAACACACAAGAAAUAUAGAAAAAUAGCCGUAUACCGGUUAUACCCAUCACUGCAGCAAACAAAAAGUUGUAGAUGAUGAAGCCUCGGAGUAUACUGCCGCUGCUGCUGGUUGGACUAUGUGUUGAUCGGUUAUCUGCACAAGACGAUCAGUCAGGUGAUUUUCAGGAAAAUCACAAUUUCCAGGUGUAUAUCUCAGGACUUAAAGUGGAAAUUACCUGUCCUAAAGAAGGACCGACAUCGCUGACAUUAGCUUCAAACAAUAAACGUGUGAGUUCAUCUAAAGAGAAACACGAACUGGAAAAUUAUUCUUCAGACAACAAUGGGAUGUACAGCUGUGAGGAUAGCUACCUCUAUCUACAUGCAUACGUAUGUGAAACCUGCACUGAGGUCUCCGGUAUGAUGGUUGCUUGUGUUGUGAUCGCCGAUUGCCUGGUCACAACUGGAGCUUGUCUUUUUGUGUAUAUAUUCUGCAAGAGAAAUCCUGUUCAAGCCCGAGAAAGUGGAUUCGCAAAGGGAGCUAAUAAAAAAGGGAACAAAGAACGUCCUCCCCCUGUUCCCAAUCCUGAUUAUGAGCCAAUCCAGAAAAGGAGGCAAGAUGUAUACGAUGGGUUAAACCAGGCAUUAAAAUAACUUUAUCAGCCUGCUUUUGCUUCUACAUCACUUUUUAUUUUUCUCAAGCUUUUUUUUAUGUAAAAAGAUUAUCUUAUCAAGUCUUUGUAAACCUUGGUCAGACCACAAGACUAUUCACUUCUUGCAUUGAUUUAUGAUCAAUAAAAAAAUGUUGUCUGUG